AUGAAGGAUUUGGGGGCUGGCAUUUUUGCCCUUCGCGUUCACAUAAGCAGGGCCGCGCUCGUAAAGGCCUGGACUCUUUGGCCUUCGCGUUCGCUUGCGAAGGAUCUGAGGCAGGUGCAACUAGUUACCCGUCUGGCACGCAUACUUGAUCUUGGUUCAAGAUUUCACGGAAUCAGGAUCACAGAACCAAAGCAAGUAGAAGACCAAUUUCUCUCUUUCUUCAAGAAGUUGAUGGGAGAGUCAUCACACAUUCUCCCCUAUCCAAAUUUUGAGAGGGAAUUUGACCAGUUGGCUUUGAACAAGGAGUUCCACUUCCACCCUAGAUGCAAAAAAUUGGGAGUGAUCCAUGUGUGUUUUGCUGAUGAUCUGCUGAUGUUUUGUAUGGUAGACCUUCCUUCUAUUAGGUUGCUCCAACAUGCUUUUAUGAAUUUUUCAAAGGCCUCAGGACUACAAGCAAAUGUAGACAAGAGCUCUAUUUACCUUGCUGGCAUUUCUGCAAAUCUGAAGGAGGACAUCUUGCAGGAGCUAGGAUAUAAUGAGGGCACAUUGCCACUCAAAUACCUGGGAGUGCCACUAGCAUCAAGGAAGUUGUCAAUUAACCAAUGCUGGCCACUGGUAGAAAAGAUCACUGCAAGGAUAAGUUGUUAG